AUGGAGGGCAGUCCGACUGGUCUCGACCGGUUGCCCUAUGACGUUCUCCUCCAAAUUUCGUUCCUCUUACCUGCAACUGACAUCAUCCAUUUACUCAGUACGUGCCGGACAUUUCAUCUGCUGGCCUGCGACGAAUACAUCUGGAAGACACUCUCAAAACGCAUCGGUCUAGAUGAUAUAACCGGUUUUGGCGGACGCUCAUUCCGUACGGUUUACACGGGGCUCCUACAUGCCUAUGCGCCACUGCUUGGGCUGUGGGCCGGCGAUCAUCCAUUCACGGGUCAGAUCCUCGGAUUUCGUCUGGAUCUUGGAGGAGACGGACGUUCGCCUGGCAUCGUAGGCGAAAUAUGGCGUUUCAAACCACUCGACCCGGAAGAGUUCGAUGACCCUGGCGCCAUACAACAGCCAUUGUGCGUCCCGGCCCUUAGGAUUGGCUUCGCCGUCCAUGCAUCGGAUGACCAACCAGCAGUGGUUCAGAAUACAACUCAGGCGAUGGUCUCCUGUUCUGUCGACAGCUCGACGAGGCCGUCGCAUCCCGCGCAGCUGACCAUCGUAUCGGAGACCACGGAGGGCAUCUUCCUCCAUACACGACACGGUCAGCACCAGCAUCCUGCCUUUCCGCAUCCCGCCUGGCACGACCACGCUCGUCCAUUUCCCAAAAUAUCCGUAACACCGUCCCUGAGUGUGACGAGUUCUGGAUUCCUUGACAUGCCGUCCCGUCCGCUGGUACCUAUCUGCUUCAAAGCUGCUACGGACGUUAUGUCACCGCGCGCGAUAUCUAUCACUUAUGCGGGUGACUGCAUCGACUCACUGGCACCUUUCCUCGGGUUCAAGAGCUCCAUCCGGGACCCUCCUCGUUACUACCCACUACACACGCGGGAGGACUGUGGUACCAUUUCGGCUGACGUCCGCUCGCAUGCCGCGCACCUUACGGGUCUCUGGCUAGGCACUUAUGGGCCUCACGGAACGGAGUGUCUCUUCCUGACUUACGACGACACGACCAAGUCGUUGCGCGCUAUCAAAGUCACCGGAGACGAGAACGUGCCUCGAGGAGCCGUGAGUUGGGAUGUGUCCACAGCUGAGGCGUGCCAGCUGUCGGGACAGGAGCGCGAUCUUUGGUCGCGUACCAUGGGCGGCGUUGUUCCGGCACAUACAUAUCGUGGACAAGGAGCAAUCAGCGCGCGCGGAUACAUGCCUCAUCAAAGGAUGCAGUUUGAUGUUAUCCUUACUGUUAUUGGGCCGGACGAGUUGCGUCUUCUGUGGAUUGACGACGGAGACGUCCUUGGCUUGAAACGCUAUCGGGAUCACACCGUGACAUACUGCGAGCAUGCCUAA